AUUUGGUUAUGUAUGGUUGUCAACCUAAAAAGCAGCUUUAUUUACUAUUGUUUUUUUUUUCUAUUUAUUUAUUAAUUAUGUGUCAAUUGCAAAGUGGUAAUUACUGCUAGACGACUAUAUUUAUUUAGAGAUUUUUGUGAUUAAUUGUGUUCUACUCUGUGGGAGCUUAAUCCUAAUCCUCCUGAUUCAAGAUCCAAGGAAUAAUUUCACAUUACAGUUGUUAUCAGAAUAAAUAUUCUAAUAUUUCGAAGAAGAAUAUCACAAUGAAUCAAUUAAAUGAAAACAAAUAUCCCACAGAUUCUCUUUUAUAUAAUUUUGUGGAAGAUGAAUCUCUUCUUGCUAUGAUUGAUGAAGAGGAGUCUAUUUCAAAUCUAAUUUGUCUCUUACAAUUGCAAGUUGAGAGAAUAAAACUGAAUAUGUCACAAAAACACAAUUUCCCUGUGGCUAAAAUUCUGAAGAAUAAUUGUCCUCUUGAAAUAAAAAUAUCUGCUCUUAAUUUGGCUCUCGAUAUUCAAACUGAUAAUGCAGAAUUCAUAUACUGUCUUCUUUUACUGAAUGAGCAAUUGUCCUUGGUGGAAUCAACAUGGAAUGAUGUUGGAAAUCUUUCAAGAAUAUUAUGCUUAGCUACUGUUAUAAUUCGAGUGAAUCAGCAGGUCAAAGAAGAUAUAUUCACAUAUGUAGAUAAAUUCAAGUUGAAAAUGUUUUUGUUUAAAUUAUGUGGAACAGAGUUGAGUAAAGAUUUUUUAAUUGAUAAAUCAUCUUUAUUUUUCAAAUAUUUUGAGCUCAUUAUAAAAACAGAAGAAGAAUUUAUUGAUCAAGCUGUACAAUAUUUUAUUGAACAAGAAAAUUUAGAUUAUUUAUGCAUGUUAUUUGAUAAAAAGCUCAGUAACUUAGUUACCAGUGAUUAUUUCCAGGAAGAUAAUCUCUGGAAUUUUUUGAAGCUUCAUAUUGUAAGCAAAAAUAGUGUGAAAAAGAAGCAGGCACAAUAUAUUUUAUUUAGGACAGUAGAGUACUUCAAAACGAAUGAAACAGCAACACCUAGAGCUCUACAAGUUACAAAUUUAAAAGAGUGGGAUUUUUUCUUCAUUUUAUUAGAAAUGUCAAAAGAAAAGCAAUUGCAUUUGAUACAACCCACACUAAAGUUAUUGCCGUCCAUUAAAGAUUUGCAUAUAACUUGGCGAAUUUGUCUUUAUCAGGAACUUUUGAAUCAUUCACAAUUAACUGUUGUUUAUAACAUGAUUGAGCAUGUACUGGGAUUGAAAUUUACUUCCAGUCCAAUUUAUCAAAGAGUAGUUAGUGAUAUUUUAAUUGCCUUGAAUAAAUAUGAAUAUUCAUUUUUGACGAGAAGAGUAUUCAAUAAGCUCGAAGUUUUUUGUAAUGAAUUGAAUGAAGUCUUCUACCCCAUAUUUUAUGAAGAGUUUUUGAAAAUCGAUUGGAAUCCCGCAGCAGCCUGGUGUGUGUUGAAAAGUGCCUCAUUCCUCUUGCAUAAAAUUCCAAAGUCUCUCAUCAUCAAAAUGCUGAGGUGUUUGAAAAAAUUGCCUCAUAUGUACAUUAAACAAAGUUGCAUAAUUUUUUUCAUCGAGAAACUGUUGGAAGAUUCUUCUGAUAUUCUUGAAAAAGUUAUACUGAUAGGGAGAUUUCUAUUCUCCACUGAUCAACAAAUCGACAAGGAAAUAUUCUAUCAAAUAAUAGAAAAAAAAAUAAGUGAACUAAGAUUAUGUACAGAAAAUUUGAAAAAAUCAACAAAACAAUAUAUAGAAGAGGAAAAUACUGAAUAUUUACUGAUAAAUUUGCAGUUAAUGAAAAAAUUGAACUUAGAUAUAGAGUACGAAGUGAAAUCAGCUCCUUGCAAUUUAGAUGAUAUGAUACUUUUUUAUUUCCCGAAUCUCUUGAGACCAUUUCAUGUUGGGGAUUACAUAGUGAAGAGAUUUCAAAAUGAACAUAAUGAUGACUAUCAGUACCUUUUGAAAUUUUUGGAAAUAAUGAUUGAAAAUGAUUUAGUGAAGAUAUCAAGUGAUGAAUGUUUGAAGAUAUGGCAUAACAGUCAAAGUAAUGGAAAGAAGUUAAUUGCAAGUUAUUUGAUAUAUAGGAUACCUAAUACAUUAUAUGUUGAUUCAACAAUACUGCCAAAAGUAGAAUUGUACUUGAAACAUAUUGGAUGUGAAGUGUGGUUGAAAAAAUUCAGAAAAUCCUUUGACAUUAUAAAAAAUGAAAAACAAUUCAAUAAUCUCAUCCAAAAAUUUGGUGACUGGCUGGAUACUGAUAAUGAAAAUCUUCUUAAGUUAAUCGUAGACAAUCUAGAUUUGGUUACCAAUUAUUUUAUUUUCAAUGAAACCGGUUCUAUUGGAGUUUUAGAUAUAUGUUUGAGAAAAAUCUGUAGAUUAUCUAAUAAUUUAAUGAGAACAUAUUCUUCUUUGUUUUUCGAAUCAAUAUUCGAAUUUAAUCUAUUUUCAACAUCCACUUUUGCCGAGUGUUGGAAAAAAUGGUAUUCAGAUUUAUUUGAAUGCUAUUUCAUGGAAUGUGAUAGUUUACUCAAAGUUAUCAUGGAGGGAUGCAGAAAAAUAAUUUUGCUUGAAGCACCUCAUAUGGGAAUAUUGACACCCUUGAUUUUGGGUGCGCUAACUAAAGGAAUUGUUAUUCAAAAAAACCAAAGAGUAGAAUAUGGUAUCUGUCAAGCAAUUCACGAAGAUAUUGGUUCGUUAUCUGUUCAGAACCCCAAUUUGAUCGCCACAGACUUGAAGAUUUUAUCGAUAGAAUGUUUAUAUCUUUUAGCUAAAAAUAAGUCCAUGAGGAAUAUUCCAUCGGCAGAUGUUCUGAUGGAGAUGCUAGUCGACCAUUAUAUGGUAAAUUACAAUAAGAGGUAUUUUCCAGAGUCAAAGAUCCACCUUGAAAAACUAAGAAUAGUACAAGCGAUGCUUAUGAUAGUUCAUUUUACAGACAGAUCCAGAGAAAAAUUGGUGGAGUUCAUAAUGAAAAGUUUUUGCGAAGAGACUCACCAAACUUCUGUGAAGCAACUGUUACAAUGGUUGCUUAUUAUUUUGGUAUCACAAUCGCCCAGUUAUUUGAGCUUGAUGAUUGAGAAGGUUGAAACCACCAAUUUGUCCAAUACCUCAUCUGUUGUGGCAUUGAUACCUGUUGUGUAUCAUUUGGUAACAUCUCUUAAGGAUGAAGAAUGUUGGUAUCAAGCUACAAACGCUCUGCUACCAUGGACAAUGGGUGCCAAUUUCAAAUUGAGAGUAUAUUCCCAGGUAACUCUCAGAAAUAUUCUAAAACGUGCGAAACAAAAUCAACUCACUAAAUACAUAGACAAAUAUUCAUUUCUGGAGAAUUCCAUUUCUGCUGUUCUCGAUGCUACUGGAAAUGCUGUAUCAGAAACCUUGAAGAACGAUAUGACCUUCAUUGAAGCCUUAAACCCAGAUCUGCACUAUUCUGUGGAGAAUAUAUUCGUUGCCCUUCCAAAAAUGUUAGAUGUUCCACCUUCUGAGUGGCAAAAUGUUUUGAAGCAUAAAUUUUGCGAACAAUUCGAAAUGAAAUUAAAAACUGAGAUGACCCUUCCGAACAUUGUCUCCUCCAAAAACUUCAAAGAGGAGAAUGAAUAUGAAUCAACAUGUGUUAAUGUACAGAAGAAAAUAAUACCCUGGAAACAGGACCUAGAGGAAAAAAUUGAAAAUAAAUCGUUGAACAGUUUGAUUUGUGUGGCAUCACUGGUUGAGAAAUAUAGUAACAUUGGUGGCUUAUCAAGGACGUGUGAAAUUUUCAAUGUGCAGCAUCUGGUCUUACACAACAUGAAAAUAAAAGAUGAUAGGGAGUUCAAAAGUUUGAGUAUGUCUUCUGAGAAUUGGGUCGAUUUUAUGGAAGUAAAAAAAGACGAAUUAUCUAGUUUUCUGAUAAAAUUGAAAGAACAGGGUUUUGCAAUCGUUGGUUUGGAGCAGACCUCUGAAAGUGUCAAGUUGCAUGACUUCAAGUUUGAGAAGAAAACUGUAAUUCUGUUGGGAAAUGAAAAAGAAGGUAUACCAGCUCCUCUACUUCCAUUUUUGGAUACCUGUGUUGAAAUACCUCAAUUUGGACAAACUAGGUCACUCAAUGUUCAUGUGGCAGGAGCAACAUUUAUCUGGGAAUAUGUUAAACAACAUAUGUUAUGAUAUUUAUAAUUUUUAUUAUUGUAUUUACAAAAUGAAAUCUUUUAUUCAUGACAUGUUGAUAUGGACAAUGUUUGAAAUUUUUAUGUGUAUAUUUUUAUAAUGUUACAAGUUAUAUUUUUAUUAAAUAUUUUAAAAAGCUCA